UUGUCUUAAUUGCAAAAUCAUCUACUUCAAGAUAAACUAUAGCAUUUGGCCAGAAUGUCAUUUAGAUAUGCAGCAAGUGUUAAUACAGGAUUUCUAUUUGUUUUUCUUGGUGAUGUUUAAUGAAAAUAAACACAAUCCUAGUAAAAGGAGAGGCGUAAGUGUGGAAAGGAUUUGGAACAGUGUCUAGCAUAAGAGUAAGCCCUUAACACAGGUAGUGAUUAUUAUUACCUUUCACAGUCGCUAUUCAUUUAUUUAUUUAUUCAAGUAUUUAUUGAAUACUAUAUGCCAGGCUCAAUGGUCUGUAUUGGGGAUUCAGUAAAGGGCAAAACACAAACAAUUCUGCCUUCAAGGACAUUAUAGUCAAGUGGGAGAGGCAGUUGAAUCAUGACAUAAAAAUUCUAAUUCCAAGCUGUGGUUAGCAAACGAAGUGAUAGACGUGUAAGUAGACAAAGAUUUGACCUGAUUUUCAGAGUCAGUAAAAGCUUCUCUGAAGUCCCACUUGAGUUGCAAUUUGAAAAACGGGCAGGAGGAAUUAAGGAGACACAAAACAAAGAGUAGCAUGCUGAGCAUGUUUAAACACACUGCUUUAGAAAGAGAAUGAUGAGGGGGCCAAUGCGGCUGAAACCUAAAGAGUCAGGGCCAGAGUGGUAACUGUUUAAUGGCAAAAACCACAACUACUUUUGUACCAACCUAAUAGUAGUAGGUUAGAGCCCAAGCCAUUGAGGGAUUUUUAAGGCUUUGCCAAGAAUUUUAGACUUUUAUCACAUGAUCAGUGGGGAGCCAUGGAAAGCUUUAGGAAAAGUGUGACAACCUUAGAUUUGUGUUUUCAAAAGAUCAUUGGUACUGGUGUGUAGUGCAGGGGUGACAGGCAGGGAGACUAUUUACAGGGCUAUGGCAGUAUCCCAGUGAAAGAUGGCAGGAGCCUGGAACAGGGUAAUGGCAGUAGAGACACAAAGAAGUGGAUGAAUAUGGGACGUAUAAUAAUUCGGAAGCAGGGCCGCAGGGCCUGGUGAUUAAUCAAAACUUUGGCAGAAGAAUCACACAAAGUCGAAGACCCUCCCCAGCAAAAACAGCUCAUGAGUUAUUGAUAAGUCGCAAAAUCUUCCCCAUUGUCCCUUGGCAAAGAUUCAAAAGCCCUGGUGAUACUUAGGGCAGACACUGUACUCAGUCCACCCAAAGCGCGUGCACAAGGCCACACCCAAGACUUUAUUCCCUGGACGUCAGCGGCAUGGAAGCGCAAGGUUUCCUGGGCAACGCCAUUGUCACAGCUCCGAGCAGGCGGGGUUGACAGCUAAGGACAACGGCCAGAAGAGAACUCCGGAAGAGAGGGAGAGUCAAAGCACGGGGAAAAAUGGACAACACGCGCCUCGGCUCCCGCCAUUGCGGGUGAUUGGAGGACUCAGCACCAGGCGAGAGUAGGGCCCGGGAAGAGCCAGAAAAACCCGCCUGUGAUUGGCCAUCCGGGGGUAUCUGUCGCUUGUGAUUGGGUGGAGCCAAGACAGAGAGCUGCAUUUUGAACCGCGUAGGGUUCUGGGUAGCAAAGGCCUUCGAAGGGUCUUAACCGAAAGUGGGAGUGGGAAGGUCGCCAACAAACGGCUGAGCUCACAAUCCCGGCCGGGGCUAGGCCGGGGCGUCCCCCUCCCCCAUGGAGAGGGCCAGGCCGGAGCCGCCGCCUCAGCCGCGCCAACUGCCGCGGGUUCCUCCACCGCGCCCGUUGCGUCCCGCUCCGCCCCCGCUGCCGGUCGAGGGUGCCUCCUUUUGGGCAGCGGCCGGGGAGCCCCCUCCGUCGCCGCCCACACCGGGCGUGGCCGCCAUUGCGACGCUGGCUUCCUCGUGCGGGGAGGCCGCGUCGGCCGGCUUACAGUCAGCGGCGCGGCGGCUGGUGCAGGUGAACCCGGAGCAGGUGUUGCUGUUACCACAACCUCAGGCCGGAGACGAAGACGCCGCUGCCUCGCCCGCGCAGGCGCGACUGCUGCAGUUUAGGCCCGACCUGCUGCUCCUGCCGUCGCCGGCCGCGUCCGAGGGCGCCCCCUUCAGGCCGGAGUUGCACCCGGUGCAGCCGCGGGUGCUGCAUGUCAAGGCCGAGAAGCAGGAGCUGGGGCCUGGCCUGGACCUGUCGGUGGGGCCUCAGGGGGCGGUGGAGACCGGCCCUAGAACCUCCAGGGCGGUCAAGGUGGAAGGCCCCGGGCCCGCCCUCGACUACUUCCGAGGGAACGAGAAGGGCAAGCUGGAGGCGGAGGUCAUGCGGGACGCGAGGCAAGGCGGGGAAGGCAAAAGCCCGGCGGCCACCCUAGAAGGAGUCAUCAAAACGGAGGAACCCGAGAGACUCCUGGAGGACUGCAGGCUCCGCGCCGAGCCCGCGUCCAAUGGCCUGGUUCAUGGCAGCGCGGAGGUCAUCCUGGCCCCGCCGUCCGGUGCCUUUGGGCCGCACCAACAAGACCUGAGGAUCCCUUUGACUCUCCACACCGUUUCGCCCGGGGCCCGGAUCCAGUUUCAGGGGGCUCCGCCUUCAGAGCUGAUAAGAUUGACCAAGGUCCCCCUGACACCAGUGCCUAUUAAAAUGCAGUCCCUACUGGAGCCUUCUGUAAAAAUUGAAACCAAAGAUGUCCCGCUCACCGUGUUGCCCUCAGAUGCAGGCAUACCAGAUACUCCCUUCAGUAAGGACAGAAAUGGUCAUGUGAAGCGACCCAUGAAUGCAUUUAUGGUUUGGGCAAGGAUCCACCGACCAGCACUAGCCAAAGCCAACCCAGCAGCCAACAAUGCAGAAAUCAGUGUCCAGCUCGGGUUAGAGUGGAACAAACUUAGUGAAGAACAAAAGAAACCCUAUUACGAUGAAGCACAAAAGAUUAAAGAAAAGCACAGAGAGGAAUUUCCUGGUUGGGUUUAUCAGCCUCGUCCAGGGAAGCGAAAACGCUUCCCUCUAAGUGUUUCCAAUGUAUUUUCUGGUACCACACAGAAUAUCAUCACUACAAAUCCUACAACAGUUUAUCCUUACCGCUCACCUACGUACUCUGUGGUAAUUCCCAGCCUACAGAAUCCCAUCACUCAUCCAGUUGGUGAAACCUCACCUGCCAUCCAACUGCCCACACCUGCAGUCCAGCGCCCAAGCCCUGUCACACUUUUCCAGCCCAGCGUCUCCAGUGCUGCUCAGGUGACCGCCCAGGAUCCAAGUCUGCCUCUCCACCCAGCACUCCCACCCCAACGAUUUGCUGGGCCUUCCCAAACGGACACCCUUCGGCUGCAUUCUGAAGCCACUCACACUGUGAAGCGACCCACCCCUGUCUCUCUAGAGAGCCCCAACAGGAUUUCAACUAGUGCAAGUACUGCCCAUGCCAGAUUUGCAACUUCGACCAUCCAACCUCCUAAGGAGUAUUCCAGCAUUUCUGCUUGCCCAAGAAGUGCUCGGAUCCCCCAGGCUCCUCCCAUUCCACACCCACAUGUCUACCAGCCCCCUCCCCUGGGCCAUCCAGCCACACUGUUUGGGACACCACCAAGAUUCUCUUUUCAUCACCCUUACUUCCUACCGGGACCUCACUACUUCCCAUCAAGCACGUGCCCUUAUAGUCGGCCUCCCUUUGGCUAUGGAAAUUUUCCAAGUUCUAUGCCAGAAUGCCUUGGUUAUUAUGAAGACACGUACCAAAAACAUGAGGCUAUAUUUUCAGCUUUAAAUAGAGAGUAUCCUUUUAGAGACUACCAAGAUGAACGCACACACAGCGAAAAUUCUCGGAGUUGUGAGAACAUAGAUGGAACCUCUUACUAUAACAGUCAUAGCCACAGUGGGGAAGAAUACUUAAACCCUGUGCCUCAGCUGGACAUUGGAACCUUGGAGAAUGUCUUCACAGCCCCAACAUCAACUCCUUCUAGCAUCCAGCAAGUCAAUGUCACUGACAGUGAUGAGGAGGAAGAAGAAAAAGUACUCAGGAAUUUAUAAUUUUAAAACAAAUAUACACAGAAAAUAAACAUUUCUUAAAAUAUAUUCUGGGUCAGUUGGUAUGAGAGAGAAAAGCCUAGAAUGCUUUGCUGAAAGUUUUCAGUCAUGAUUUGAGGAGUUAAAACCAAAUGCAAUUUAUGUCUUCAUAAAAUUUUGAUUAGUGAAACUAGAGUCUGGAUGUUUCAUUGUAGGAAUAUUUAAGAUAUUAAGUAAUUUAUUUUUAAUGGCUGAAAUUUGCAUCAAUAUAUAUUAUCAUUACUUUAUCCUGGAACAUGCAAAAUUCUAAAGCCUCACAAUUGUAUGUGAGGGAAAAGGGGGUAUAUAUCUAGCAUAGUGUGAUUUUUAUUUUAUCUCAAGAUACAUUUAUUUGUCUUAAAUGAUUUUUUUGUUUGGUGUUUAUGUAAUACUUAUGGUUGUUGCCAAUUUUUGAUGUGACAUUUUGAAAAUAUUUUGACAGGCCGGGCAUGGUGGCUCACGC